AUGCUUGCCAUAUCCAUGGCUCCGUCGAUGCCACAUCUUCUAUCUCGCCUCGACCCGGUUUCUUCAAUAUCGAUGUUUUCGACAGAAAAUGUCCGGCCGCACCAUCCUUCCUCGCCGGGGAAAAAGCCGAAACUGUCACUCAGGACUUCUGAUCUCGCCCCUACAUUUCACGGCUCGACCAGUCGUCAGAACGGCGUCAAUAUGGGCGCUACUGCGACGCCGACGACCUUGAACACAUUCAACAAUACAUUCGAUCUUGCCUACAGACCAUCACCAGUGACAACUCUUCCAUCACCCGGAUCACAUUCGCAAGCAAGAGGAAGCGCACACCCAACCUCACCAAUUUUGAAAAAUUCAGAACAUCCUUACGUCUUAAAUCUGCCAUUUGGCAUUCAUUCGAUAUUGAAGAAUGGUCCACUGCCUCGGGAUAUCCGCCGGCCUUCUGCCAGCGCAAGUCCACGGGUGGCCGGUCGACGAGUGUUUUUCCCAGCGCCCAAGAAGGUAGCUUUUCGGGCAGAGUUGGAAGAAGAAAUUGUCACAAAUAAUUACAUCAUGCGCCAUGCAGACCUAAGUUCGUCCGAUGACGAAUCUCUUCCAUCCGAGAGUGAAGACCAAAGUGGAACUUCCACGGACGACGACGGCGAUGACGGCGACAAGGCCCGAGGAAUUCGCGUGGAUGAGGUCUCGCCGCGACAGAAAGACCUCAAAGCGCAUCAACUCCAAGAUCAAAGCGGAAGCGAAGGAGAUGGGAAUGGACUAUAG